CCUAGCACCCUCCUAUGUGUCAAUAUCGCUAUUGAUACAACUAAGUAUCGGGUCCCAUAUAAUUUAAUAUAAUAAUUUUAGGGAGUAUCGCUAGCCAAUCGCAACGCGACAUGUCGCAAAGAUGCUAGGCACCACUGAUAAUGCAUAUCUAUCACACUUAUUUACUUCUUUUAUUAUAUCAUAAUUAACCACUCGAGUUGUUUCAAAAUCUCACAUCUAUAAAUAAAGGGGGGGCAGUGUUGUUUUGUAUAUUUGAGUGAAUUAGUGAUCAAGAAAUAACAAAGGUUGAAAAACAAUGAGUAAAGAGGAAGAAAGAGUUAGUAAAAUCCAAGAAGAAGAGAAUAUUGGGAAUCAACAUAAUAAUAAUGAUGAUGAGAAUAAGAAGAAGAAGAAGAAGAAGAAGAUUAGUGAUUUUGAGAUGCCUCUUCACUACCCAAGAUACAAGAAAAGAGACUAUGAGAUUAUGGCUGAGUGGAAGCUUGACUUGCUUUUGACACAAUAUGGUUUGCCUACAAAUCUUGGUGAUGAUGAUGAUGAUGAUAAUCUUAACCACAAGAGGAAAUUUGCUAUGGGAGCUUUUCUUUGGCCUUCUCAAUAUCAUCAAUAAUAAUAUCAUUAUAUUAUUAGUCAUAUAUUAUAUAUUUAUGCAUCUUUGUUUUUGAGAUAGAUGGUAAAAGGAUUUGAUGUAGUGUUCUAUAUAAUGAUCUUUCAUUUGGAGUUUUUCAUUUCUUUUGAGUCUAAUUUUUUUGUUAUGUUGUUCCAAAUAAAGAAGAAUUAAUUACCAAUCUUUGAAUCCUUUGUUUACCAA